UUAGUCCAUUUUCUUGUGAAGGUGAUAGUGGGUCUGUUGUAAUAGCAGAUGAGGCGGAUGAUACCAGCACUGUUAAUGUUGUGGCCCUUCUCAUUGGUGCGGUCAGUGAAAACAAUAUUUUCCGCCAUAGUUACGCCUCUCUCAUGAAAAGAACGAUAGAAGAAAUAGAGGUACAAUAUGACUGCAUUGCCAUACCAUCAACUCUGUACCCACGUGACAGACAAGGAGAAAUUGGACCUAUUGGCGCUGGGAAUGCUUAGUACACAUCACUUUGUGACUAAACAGUUCAUCGAAAUUUGUCAACAGUCAAGAUUAUUGCUUCAACUGAAAUGAACUGAUUCAGAAAUGGUGUCCAGAGAACCUUUAACAUGUCAUCUGAAGUUAAAAGACAUCCAGAUAAACUUAACAGUGUCAUCUGAACUGAAAAGGCAUCUAGAUGAACUUUAAAGGGAACCAGAUGAACUUUACAAUGUCAUCUAAACUGAAAAAGCAUCCAGAUAAACUUUUAAAUGUCAUCUGAACUUAAAGGAACUUCACUGAGGUUUUUUUGACAUGACAGGACUGGAAAGAAUCAUUUGAGAUUUAUGUUUCAUUUAAUGAUCCAGUGCAAAUUGUCAGAUCAAUCGCUAACCUCAUUUUUCCAGAAUGAUUACUCUAAUUGUGAGAAAAAUUACCCAAAAUUGAAAAGCAUUGCAAUUAUUUUCACUCAAAUCGGGUUAAGAAUAACAAACUAAUACAAUUCUCAAUUUAUUUCUGAGUAUAUUUCUUAAUUAUCUGAUGCAUAUCCUUCUGUUUUAAGUCCCCCCAGCUGAUCUGUGUUAGAGAUUUAAAUUUUAUGAUUUCAAACCUCGGUGGAGAGGCCCUAUUAAAGUCAUCCAAAUAAACAUAAUUGUGUCUUCUGAACUGAAAUGUUUCCAGAUGAACUGAGCUUAAAGGCAUCCAGAUGAACUGGGGUGGAGGGGGGUCAUUUAUAUCACUAUAUAGUUGCUUGUUUGUCCUCAUUUCUUUGAAAUUUACUUACUAAUUCUCACAGGACCUAUAUUUGUUGACCAAUAUCUUGAAUAUCUCUCAAUAUGAAGGUAUAUUUACAUGAACUUAUAGUUGUUGGUGGCAUUUGAGGUCAAUGGGGUCAAGGUUAAGUCAUUGACGCCUAUGAUUUAUAUUUCUACCUAUCUUUAUCACUGAUUUCAUGCAGGGUACUCACCAACUUAAAAUCAUUUGCCUCUGUCCACUGUGGGAAUGAAUCUCGUCAGGGACUUUUGCUUCAGGAAGCUAUCCAGCUAGCUUAUUUGGUUAUACAUGUACCCUGGUUCCCACUUGUGCCUGAAAUAAUGCUUCAAAGGGACACCUGAGGUCUUUCUCCAUCAGAAACAAUGAAAAUUGCUUGAUAACUAAUUUAUAGACAUUUCUAUAUAAUUAAUGACAAUAAAAAAAGAAUAAAACUUGCCAUUAUGUCCUUGACAUGUGAUAAUAUUCAGUCGUGAGCUGAUCUCACACAUGCAUUUGCUACCAGAAAAACUGUGUGUGUUCUUAUAUAUUGUGAAUUUGUGUCUUAAUUUACUUCAAGAAUGUUUUUGAUAUUUAUCUGUUAUGCCAUGAUCAAUUUUAUAAUAUAAUUUACAAUGUACAUUGUUUUUGAGAUUAUUGCUGUACAAUGUUUUUAAACUACUGUUUUGUGAUUGCUUUUUGUAUGUCAUUUAUCUACACAUUAUUUUAAAUUGUUCAUCUUGUAAAAAGUCAACUUAUUUCCUCUGUUAAUAUAGAUUUAUACAAUCAUAAAAUUAAAAAAAAAGAAAUUUUAAAAGUGAAAAAAAAAAGAGAACAAUAUUAUGUCUAAAGUAUGGAUGGAAGGUUUUUGCUUUUCUGGAAUAUAAAAAGUUUGUUAUAAUUUUACAUUUUUUAAUUUUAAGAGCCAUUAGCAGUUUUGCCAAGUAAAGGCAUUUAAUUAGACAUGCAUGCUUAAUCUAAGCUAUGCACGUCUAAGUACAUGCCUUUACAUGGCAUAAUUUUACACAAAUGAUUUUUCUAUGUCACAGAUUUUUUAAUGGCAACAAGCAUUAUAAGGGCUGUUUGUAAUCAUUAUUAGCAGGAUUUUUGCAUGUAUUUUGAUAUGAAUGAUGUUUGUAAUUGUCUGGUGAAUGCACAAAUGAAAUCAUAACUUUAUAUUCUAUAAAUAGUACAUUGUUGUUGAAUAUUUUGUUGAGGAAAAUAUUAUUUUGUUUCUUAUAUCAUUUGUGUGCAUUAAAUAACAGUGACUUUAGAGGAAUUAUGCAUAUAUUUUUCAUGCAUUACAUCUGAAGCAGCACGAUGUUAAGGAAAAUAUUGUUCUGUUUUCUAUUAUCAUUUAUUAGAGUUUAAUAACAUUGACACUAGAGGGUUAAUGCAUAUAUUUUCUGUGCAUUAACAUCUGCAGAAGCAUAUAAGGUUAAAGGUGAUAUAGUUGAUAUGAGGGCUUCUGCAUAAUACAGUUUUUGCAUGAAAAAAGGUUCCAUUAGAUCUAUUAUUACAUAAAAUUUACAUUCUACGUCUGAUUUGGCAAACUCCCGCAGCGGUUACUUCCCCUGAUCAGUACAGAAACCACUGCCACCACAAGUAAAUUCGGUCAUCAGAGAGCCGAAUAUAUUUUUUUCACUUUUAUUUUUAAAAUAGAAUACUUAAUAUCAUUUUAGUUUUCCUUUGCUUAAUGUACAAGAAUGCAAAAAAUAUACUUUUAAAAAUUAUUUUGUAAACAUAACGAAAGAUAUUUUUACUAUGACACCUUAUGUAUAUUAAACAAUGGCUGAAUUUAGACAGUUAAUGAACGAUUGCGUAACAGAUUUUGAUCCGGCAACUGUUUAUCUGGUAAGGAUGUAAUUGUAAAUCUGCCAGUUGGAUAUGGGAUAUUUGGCGUUCUGAAACUGGCCACCAUGUUUUUGUCACAUGAUACAACUAUCGUCACGUGGGUUUCAGUGGUGGCAGUGGUUACAGUAGAAAAGCGUGACCUAAUCGCUGUGAGGAGUUGCUGAUUUGGUAAUGUUGCAUAUUAUGUGUUUUGUUGUUU